AUGCCCGACCUCCGGGAUUACUUCAAGCGGGAUUUUUUCAUCCGGGUACCUCCUCCCAGUGUACCUUCGCAACCUGCCCGCACUGAGACUCGAGCUUUGGACGAAGCGCCGGCUUCAUCUCCACUCUCAGAGCCCCCGCAGUCUUCUAUAACGAUAGACCUCACUCAUGACACCAAUGGGCAGAUAGAGGAAGAUACCCCUACAGUGGCUCAACAUGAUAUACCGUCACUACGAUCAAUCCAUGACAGCAGACCAGAACCAUCUCCGCCAGAUCAGAGCGUCACCGAAUCAAUUCCACUACCUUCGUCACUAAACAGCAGCUUCAACCCAUCGCAGCGCAUUCUUAAAGAUGGUAAAGAGGUGGUGAUCAGUUCCGACGGAGACGAUACAGACUCAAUAUCGUCUUUGGAAGACCCAGAUGUCCUGUUUGCCCCAAGGAACAAACCCAGAAAUGCUGCCCCGCCCCCGCCAAACCCAUAUCAACCCAACAAAGCGUUACUCGCUCAGCUCUCUGCGCCAAGGAAGUACAGGUUCAACCUCGAUUCUCUCGUACAUGAUGCGGUGGACGAUGAUGAGACAGAGGCCAAUGUCGCCAAGGCCAGGGCACGUUUGCAACAAAAUGGUGUCCAAGGUGGUGCUGGGGCAUCAAAGAAGGGACUGAACGAGGGCGUGCUGGCAAUCGCCCUGGGGGGUGAUUCCGAUGAUGGGCCGGGUCUUCAGCGUCUCAUGGACGCAGUUCGAAGAACUGAAGCCCUCGAACAAAGUCGUAAUUGGCGGUUCUUCGAUCAGGGCCAGUUGACACCUUCCACGCCAAACUUUCCCUUUGAACUGUUUCCACCUGGGUCGCCUUUAGCAGGACUGAGGGAACCUGACUCUCGGGCCCGGCUCCUCCAGUCCGGUAUCUUGGAGUACGCUGCAUCAAUGCGGCGUUUGCCAGAUGAUUUCCUCCUGUGGAUUAUUAGGUCUAUUCCCCUCGAACCUCGGGAAGAGUUGAGAAAGGCUUAUUGUCGGAUUUUCACGCAAACACCUAAAGAGCAAACGAGAUCAUUGAUCUACCAGGAUACUACAGACGAACUUUUCCGUCAUUUGGGGGCUAAGCCACGCGCGUUGAUUCUCUGUGAACCGGUUAUCGCAGAUCCUCCCGAACCAUCAUUACACGCGCCACAUACUAGAGAGCGAUCAGCCUUGGUUUCCGUCUUGAAUCUGAUUCGAGACACCGCGGCAGCGGAGCUGUUCGACGAUGAUACCCAGGCGCACACAAUUCAGAUACUGCUUCGCAUGUCCAUAGAUACAUCGUUGACUGCAGAUUGCGUGAUACGAUCAGAGUUGCAGGGAACAUUGACCUCCCUUCUGGAAUUCGGGCCGAAGCAGAGAAUUGAAGGUCGGAUUUGCACCACAAUUUACGAGACUAUCAAAGAUCCACAGUUUCAGAGCCGUCUAUUACAACACAUUCUCCCGACGUCAACAUGGGUGUCUUUGCUCCGAUAUCGACUCGCUCUUUCAUUUCUUCUGCAAGACCCAAGGCCUCUAACCGAACCCCCGGAGGUGGUCCUUGGUCUGCGGCGUAUCACUGAGCUCUUGGUGCGUGACGAACGAUUCCAAGCGAAAAAGCACCGGGGCAAUAGCGACUAUGACUACGGUGAUUUGAUUGCUAUCGUCUCGCAACUCGAGGUGUGCAUCAACUCGGCCCUCUUUGACUUGAAGUAUCGGCAGGCAGACACGGAGGUAAAUUUCAAUAAAGCGAUCGACCAGCUUGCUGCGCAGAUCAAAAGAAUUUUCAGUUCCAUCGAGGAUACCGGCGCAUCUCAUCUCCAACGCAUGCUGGCAAAGGACGCACUGGAAACACUGCACUAUCGGAUAGUCUACUCCGUUCGCUCCAAGGCGCCGCCCAAAAAGACCUUGUUCACAACGUUCCGGAGGGAAACAAAUCACAACCUUAAAGAUAUGUUCAUCAGAGGGAAGGAUGCCACAGACACCACUGGUAGAGCAACUGAGACUGCAGAUACCGAAAAUGUCGAUGGCAUGGCGAUGCCCAUUCGAGCACAUGAUCAGCAAUUAUAG